AUGUACAAACUAGUCAUUUUGGGAGCGCACCUCUCAGUGCGUCAGAAGUCGCGCCACCCCUCUCUUUAUCGAGCUUCUCCUCCCCUCGUCGCGCCUCCCCUCGUCGCGCCUCCCCUCCCACCGUCGCGCCAUACAAUGUCACGCCACCCGUCGUUUCGUGGGGCAUCCCCUUGUGCCUCGCUUCCCGUCGUACUCCGGCGCCUCCCCUCCCCUCGUCGCCGCGCCCGAGUCGCGAGCUUUUCCGUCCGUCCGUCGCUCGCCAAUUCGCACGUAGCGCUCCCCUCCGCCCAUCGCUCUCCCUUCCGCCUUUCGCUGUACCUUCCGCCCGUCGCCCUCCCUUCCGCCCGUCGUUCUCCCUUCCGCCGUCGCCCUUCUUUCCCGUCGUCGUCCGCCCUUCCGCCCGUAACCCUCCCUUCUUCCCAUCGCCAUCCCUUCUUCCCAUCGCCAUCCCUUCUUCCCAUCGUCAUCCCUUCUUCCCAUCGCCAUCCCUUCUUCUCAUCGCCCUCCCUGCCGCUCGUCGCAAUCCCUGCCGCUUGUCCCCUCGCUUUCCCCGUCAACCUGUCUCCUUGUCCGCCGUCGCAAAGGCGAGGGUUCCCUCUCUCCCCAUCUCCUCGCUUUCCCCGUCUCCUCGCUUUCCCCGUUCCAUCCAAUGCUCGUCGCCCUCGCCUUCCUUCCCGUCUCCCUUCCCAUCUCGCACAUUUGCCACCCUCCCAUCUCUCCCCCCACUCACUCCCUUCCUUCCACCCAACAAUCCCCAUCAAUCCCCCACUUAUACCCCCCCCUGCCCUGCUUACCUCUCUCCCUAUUCCCACCAUUCUCUGCCCUGCUCCCCACCAUCCUCCGCCCUGCUCUCUCCCCGGCAUCUGCCCCCGUACCCCCCAUCCCAUUCCCUGUGUAAACGCGCCCCCCCUGCCCUGCUUCCCCCCAUCCUCUGACAAGCUCCUCCCCUGCUCUUCCGCGCACAGGGAUAGUGGUCGGUGGAGCGAUCUCCUCAUACCCCCUCCGCUUCUCCUCCGUCCCCCCUCCGCUUCUCCUCCUUCCCCCCUCCGCUUCUCCUCCUUCCUCCCUCCACUUCUCCUCCUUCCCCCCUCCGCUUCUCCUCAUUCCCCCCUCCUCCUUCCCCCCUUUGCGUCUCCUCCUUCCCCCCUCCACUUCUCCUCAUUCCCUCCUUGUUUUCCCCUCUGCUUCCCCCUGUGCAGGGACUUCACAUUCUCUCUGCGCUUCUCUGUCCCCUGGUCCCCCCUGGUCCCCCAUGUGCACCCCUGUGCCCAUCAGGUGGUGGACGAAGCAGGCCGCUUGCUGCCUGUGGUGGUGGAGGCGGACCGGCUGCUGCACCAGUUCUACCACGACUGGCUGCAUGCUGAAGUGGCAGUGAGCAUGCCGGUUCUGUGCGGCGUCAUGCAUGCACAUGGCGGUGGCAGCGUGAGUGGUGUUCUCCCCACUCCAUUCAUCCACGGUCUGCAAUCUCACCGUCACCGGAUGCUACGCGGUGCUGCUACAUGCCGCUGCUACGUGCCCGUGCCUUGUGGUUGCUGUGUGCAUCUGACCUGCAGCCACUUGACUGACGCUGCUAUGAGCCAUUGCCUUGCGCUCGUGUCACCUCACCGUGCUUUCACCGUGUUUGUGUCGUUGCUGCAUGCGGCGCACAGCCUCUUCCUGCUGCUCUCCGCCUUUCCCCCCGCCUCGCUGCCCUUCGCCUCUGCUGAGUUCUCCUCCCACCACUCGCAGCUCUAG